AAUAAUAAUAUUUUUCUGUUUAUUACAUUAGCAACUACUCCGUGAGAUGCAACAGAUGGCAAGUCGCCCCUUCGCCUCCAUCAACGUUGCCUUAGAAACAGAUGAAGAGCCGCCAGAUCUCAUUGGGGGAAGCAUAAAGACCGUGCCGAAGCCAAUAGCGCUGGAGCCGUGCUUUGGUAACAAAGCAGCCGUUCUCUCUGUAUUUGUGAGGUUGCCUCGAGGAGUUGGAGGGAUCCCACCACCAGGACAGUCAGGUCUUGCUGUGGCCAGCGCACUGGUGGACAUUUCACAACAGAUGCCAAUUGCCUACAAAGAGAAAUCGGGUGCAGUCCGAAAUCGGAAACAGCAGCCCCCUGCACAGCCAGGAACCUGUAUUUGAUGCAUGGACAUCAGAAACUCUAUAGGGUUUUAAUCAAAAUGGAAAAGUACCACCGAGGAGGAGGAGGAGGAGGAGGAAGAUGAUUCUCAAGUUGUGUGUCACAAGAGACUAGAAGCACUCGGAAAAACACAGCUUCCUUGAACCCAACCUUUUCUCUCAUCUACGUGAUAGCUGGCUUUAUUUGGCAACUGCUCCACUUAAGUUUUACUGACACGUGGCUUCAGAUCGCGCCUUUGUUUUCUUCAGGUUUAAAGUAAAGUUAUUUCCUUGCAGGUCCAGAGACAUCCGAUCACCACCAUUCACGGUCAGUGUAAAUAGAACGGUAGUCCUAUGAACGACACUCAGGUUUAUACAUGGGAAAGUGCUUUGUAGUUCAUCUAUUUAUCAAACUGUACAAAAAAGAAAGAACAACGAAAAAAAGAUGCAGUGUUUACAGGUGUCAGCCCUCAACACUUAAACACUACUAUUAAUCUUCAAGGCAUCUUCAUCCUUUUAUUUUAUUAUUUUAUUCCCACGUUAUUUAAGUGGAACUCUCUUCCAGAUACAGUUUUUGUCACCGUGGUCCACAGCAUCAGGAAGGGGAAAGCUAGAGUGGCUCAGAGGGUGAGUUUGUAUGUUGCUCAGGCUGCUUGUUACACCUGGAGAAGUGGAACGUCGCUGCUGAAGGACUCAGUGUUUACAUAGUCUUAACCUGCUUGGAGUACACCACACACAAGUGCCUAGACUUGAACAGAUCUAGGGAGCGAGGAGACUACUACACGGUUCUUUUUAACAUCAUUAUAUUCCCUUUCAACAUAUAUAUGUGUGCACAUACGUACAUAUAUAUAUAUAUAUGUAUAUGCAGUCACCUAAGGUAACCUGUGUUCUUUACAAUUUAUCACAUAUGGUCAAGGGAAAAUGGCAUUUUCCUGACCAGCAACCUACUCAGCCAGUUGGAAAUACCUGGAGGGAAAGCAGAGUUUUGGUAUCUCAUAAGAAAACCCCUGGUUUCACUAGUGCUUUUAAUAGAAGCACUUUGUGUUCUGGGUCAGAUAUGUUACAUUUCUUCUGCAUUGCCUUGCACGGUUUGGCUGCUUUCCCUCUCCCUUCCUUUGGGCUGUUUUUAUGGGUACAAGCUGAGCUGUGCUGGUGGACAGAAGCACCACUCCUCAGCUAUAAGGAUUUGUCCCAGCUCCUCAGUGGGUGUAAGGAGCAGCACUCCACUAGCCAGAUGUUUGAAGAUGAAGAAUGUGAAUAAUAAUAAUAGUUAAACAAAGGCAGGGCAUCUUCACUGGGCAAUGUUUGAAUUUUCCAUGAUUUCUGUGAUUAAUUCUGGAUGUUCCCCAUUCAGGUCGAGCUGCUGUAGGUGUUGAAGAAGUUGGCUUGUUGGUGGAAGGAAGGGGCUUGCAAAGAGCAAAAAGGUUUGGCUUUUGGAGGUUGUAUCAAACCAUCCCAUGGUUUUUGAAGUAAACUAGUUGGGAUUGUGGCUUGAGGCUCCAGGUUGGUCUGUGCCCAUCAGUCUCCAUAUUGCCACACGAGAUCCCCUCUGUUUCUGCUAAUUGUAGGGAAUGCUGUGCCAAGACCAUGAGGAGUUGGGAUAGUGAAACCAAUGGGAAGAUAUUGCGGUGCCAAAUGAGGUGUUAAGAAGUUGAUCACUCGAAGUGUGGCUCCUUCAGGCUGCUGGUUUCUGCUGAGGACAUCAGGUAGUUAUGGAGAGGAGAAGUGGCAAAUCUGGGGGAAUGAAGGGAAGAGUUAUGAAAUCCUUUCUCCAAAACAAAAGCCAGUACCUGCAUCUUUUUUUGUGUGUGCAUGUUUUGGUUGUUGCUCAUGUAUCAGCCACCCAUUCCUUUCUGUCAGCACAUGUUUUGGAGAAGCUUUUUGGACUGCAGCAUUGCAAUAAAGGUGUGAGCUGCUGUUUGUAUCCAGACAGUGGUGACGAGGUCGUCAGUCCCUGGUGGUCUCAUUCAUCAAUGUGUUACAUAACAAAUCCAAUGGAGCAGCAGAAAGAAAACGUGGGAAUAAUGCAUAGAUUCAUAUAUACAUGUAUGUGUAUAUGCGUAUGUAUAUCCCACAGUCAGUUUCUACAUCAGAACUGUAGAAGCCCACUGGGGAAAGGAGGAAAAGGGAUGAGCAGUGUCUUUCAGAAUGAAGGGUUUAGGCAAUUAAGUCAUAACUGAUGCACAAUUACCUCAGACAGAUUCAUCUCCCGAAGCUGUUUUGUAACUUUCUGUGUGUAUAGGGCUAACCUGGACUAGGCUGUAUCAGAGUACUACUGCUGGACUAAAAUCCCUCCCUUGUGCUUACGUUCCCGCUUUUGGUUCUGAUGCGCAUCCUCAUGCUCUGAGAUGUCCUCUCCCAUUUCUCCAGCCCUUUUGGGGAGGAGAACUGCCAACCCAAACUGAGAAAACUCUUGUGCUGAAGUCUCUGUUCUGAACUGCAGGCCUGAAGGGGUGAUGAGUUGUUAAUGUUAAGAAAAAGAUGUGAUUUUCCCCCAGAAAGAGCUGGGUGAUCCGGUCUCAAGAGGAGUGUAGCCACAGAGGUGUCAAAAAGGCAAAAGAUGAGCAAAAAUGAUCCAACAUUGACGGCGGGCAGAAACAAAAAACAUAAAUAGAGGAACAGGGCAUAUUUAUAUAAAUCAAACCCAGCAGCGCCUGUUGGAUGUGGCUCAGCUCUGCAUCUUAUCUCCAUACUGAUGAGGGAAAGAGAGAACUCUCAUACAUAUCUCAACUGCAAACAGUUUCAUCCCAGCUCAAAGGUAGAAGUGAGGCGAAGGUGGGAGCGCUGCCUGUGGUUCAUCACCAGGCCAGUAUCCCAAGGGAAGGAUUGGUGGGGUGAAUCAGCUUGGAGGUGACAGGGGCGAAAGAGCAACGUUAUUUUGUGGGAGAAUCUGUAAAUAAAUGGGAUAUAACACACCAAUUUUGCACUUGUACAUAAACUAUACAGUAACGUGCAGAACGUGGGAAGGUUUAAAGUGUAUAUAAACCAGAAAAAAAAAAGAAAAAUAUUGAAUGUAUUUUUGAUGCAUUUUAAAUGACGUAUGAGUUUCGUCUUAAUAACUUCUUCGUAUGAUGAGUAUUAGAUGACUUUCCAGAGCUUUAAAGAAACAGCAGAUUAUAUUCCUGAUAUCUUGUGGUAUAAGGCAGGGAGGUAGAAUUUGGCUUAUAUGUAUUCAAAUACUUUUCACUUAAGUGUACAACAGAAGUUAAAUAAAGCUCUUCUGUUUGAAAGGGAAAAAGAAAUCUUGAAGAUAGGUAAUAAAUGUACUUAACGUAGUCAUUACGUGGAGGAUUAAGUCAGCAGUUUAAGCCUCUACUGCUAAGAUUGUGCCAGUGGUUUCCAUUCAAAAUCACUAUUUUCCAACAUUUGUAACUGGCUGAGAUUCAGCAUUCAAGGUCUCAACCCAUUCUAUUGUUUUGAGAGUAGCCAUUAAAAAGAACAAAGAAAAACUGCAGCCCUCUUUUUGUAGGAAGCAGCAGUGCCACUGGAUCUCCUAAGAAGGCAUUUGGCCUUUUAGGUUGCCCAUUGUGCAGCCUAGAAGUUGCUCUGGGCCGUUGCAACGUUUAGCGAUAGGAGACCCUGCCACAAUAUGGGUCAAUGUGUUGGGUACAAGAAAAUGUGUGGGGCUCAGCUUUUGCAUUGUCACCAUUCUCACGGGGCUUAAGAUAUGCUGUGUGGAAAUAUAUGCCAAAAAAUAACCUCUAUGUGAUGGGGUAAUGCCUGUGGUCAGCAUGAAGCCAAGGUGUGUAGUGUACUGAAAUGCGCAAAGCCAUUCUUGGGUUCAGGUUUCCUUUGGGAUACUGUGAGCACUGAAUGUUGUCCUGAAACAUCAUGUUCUCUGUGCAUAAAUGUUUUCCAAAACGCAUCUUCUCUGGGUUCACGGUAUGGUUUUAGAAGGCAGCUCGAUGAGAGGUUGUUGAGGUUUGAUGCGAUCCACGUUCACCCAAGAGGCCAAAAUAUGGCGUUGACGCCAAGUGCCACAGCACGGAGCCCUGUCCCAAAGUCAGCUUUUGCUGCUUUUGCUUUUAUGCAAGACCCGAGGUUGGGGGCAGAGCCUCAGCCCUUCAACAUGAGUCUUGGCAACCCUUUCUAUCCCCACAAAUAUGGCUUUGUCGGCACUGAGCUUGCAAGAAAGUACAGAUUUGCUCCUUACGCGCCAGGAGCGAGGCUUAACUCCAUCCAUCCAACUUACAGUAAGCUUGUUGGCAUCUCUUCUAUUCCUGCUCCCUCUUGAUCUCCAUUUGGGAAUGCUGUGGAGACAGGGUUGGGAGUGGGGCCAUGGGAAGGGGAGGAAGAGAUGAGCACCCCCCAUUUUCAGCCAUGCUGUUGGAAUUUCUGUCACCUCCACAAUUUUUCUGUCUCUGACUGCUUGAAUGAGGCGAGUUUCCCAUGCUGGGAAUACAACAUUGCUGUGGAUGUGCUGGGUUUGUGUCUUUCUGCUUCUGCAUCAGGUUUUGUUCCGUUCGUAACCUUCUAACACUACACGUGGACAAUGUUGGGCGUCUUCCAGGUACUGUAGUUCUAUAGGCAUUUCCUCUCAUUGACUCCACGAACCUCACCAGAAGACAGAAGGGUAGAAGCUGUGGAGGGGUGUAACGUAACGUCGGUCCAUUUUUAAAGCAGAAAAGAAAGCAAAAAGAACACGAAUAGAGGUUUUAUAUUACUCUGAGAUUUGUGCACAAUAAGUGUUCUUUACACUAGGGUCCUUGAAUUAACUCUAUUCUGGAUUAUUAUUAUUUUUUUGUUCUGUAAUUAUUUACGAUUCUUAUCUGUGUUCAGACUUGAGCUUAGUUUGUUAAUAUGUAUAAUUUAGCAUUUAUUGCAUUCAUAUGUAAAUAUGAGCAAGUAUUGUAAACUAUUUCAUUGCUGGGGACUGUGGGUGUUAUACAUACACACAUUUAGGACUGCAGUUUUUGGUAUAAUUUUUUGUAUUGUAAAAUAACAGCUAAUUUAAAGCAGGAUCGAGGAAAUUAUUGGGAGGUCUCUGUGCAUUUUAAAUACAAAUGUGAAGUACCUGUACAUAAAUAAAAGUAAAUAAUGCAAAUCUUUCCUCUGAAAUAAAAGGUAGACGAUCUGGUUAAAAACUC